AUGACACUGUACGGAACUUCUGACGCUCUGAUGUGCAGGGCGUUCCCCACAACACUAAGGGGACCAACCCGCACGUGGUACGGCGGCCUGAGGACCGGGACCGUCGCCUCAUUCGACCAGCUCGCUAGAGACUUCGAGCUCAACUUCUUAGCCAGCGCACGGCCGAAACCAUCCAUUGCCUUGCUUCUCGGACUACACCAGAGGGAGGACGAGUCCCUCUCCCACUUUGUGAACCGUUUUGCCAUGCAGAUCCGUGGAUUAUCCGACGCUCACCCCUCUCUGUUGAUGCAGGCGUUCAUGACGGGACUACGACCUUCCCGAUUCUUCUGGUCCCUGAGAUGCUUCAACGGGCGAACCAGUUCAUCGCGACUGAGGCUUGGUUGGCCGGAAAGUAGGAAAAGCACACGAGGGUUAGACCGAAGCCGGCUCGCGGGCAGCAGCCUGCCGCGACUAGGCGUAGGCUGGACCAAUCCGACCUACCCACUCCGAGGCCUCCUAUGCCCCCCCCUAGGUGCAUCUCGAACGGAGAUAUUUCUCCAGAUAAAGGAGAGAGGGUUACUCAGGGCUCCCGUUCCGAUGAAAAACCCGCGAGAGCUCGCCGACCAGUCCAAGCGUUGCCACUUUCACAAGCAAAACGAGCACGACAUAGAAGACUGCCGCGAACUGAAGCGGCAGAUCAAGGAGCUUGUCCGCGGGGGGCACCUCAAUCGGUACGUCCGACAUAACGGGGAGCCCUCGCCUCUCCCGGAGGGCGCCGUGGAGCACCACAUCGAUGUCAUCACCGGAGGACCGGCGGUUGGGGGAACCAGUAUGUCAGGGAGAAAGGCAUACGCCCGUUCCGUCAGGAUCGACGCUCCCCAACGUGGUCCCGACCCCAAGGUCGCAUUCCCUCCCGAGGACGUCCAGCCACCGGAGCACGACGACGCACUUGUGAUAAUGGCCCGGAUCGCUAACGCCCAGGUGAGGAGAAUCAUGAUUGACACCGGGAGCUCAGUCGACGUGCUCUAUCUGGACGCCUUCCAGAAGUUGGGGCUAACCAAAGAAUCCCUAAAACCAAUCUGCUCGGCGCUCACGGGGUUCACCGGCGAUUCUGUCUCGCCAUUGGGGACUGUUACCUUGCCCCUCACCUUGGGAGCGUCGCCCCGAACAAAGACAGUGAUGUCCACCUUCUUGGUGGUAGAUCUUCCUGUCGCCUACAACGCCAUCCUCGGCCGCCCCACCCUCAACAAAAUCAGAGCUAUAGUCUCCACCUAUCAUCAAACGGUGAAGUUUCCUACCCCCGCCGGGACAGGGGAAGUUUGGGGAAGCCCCAGAGAGUCCAGGCGAUGCUACUUGACGACGGUCUCGCUAAACAAAAGGGCGAGGACCGGCCAGCCUUUGGAGGAUCCGAGAGAAGAGAAGCGGCCGACACCACACCCAGAGACGAUGACGCCCACUUGCGACGUGCCAUUGAUGGUGGAUCGCCCGGAUCAGACGGUCCAGGUCGGGUCGGGACUCCCCGGGCAAGAGCGAGAGCAGCUCGUCGGUUUCUUACAGGAGAACGCCGAUGUCUUCGCCUGGGCGCCAUCCGAAAUGACCGGCGUCGACCUUGAGACCGCCCAGCAUCACCUGAAUAUAUCACCUGACGCCCGGCCGGUAAAACAGAAACCACGACGACAAGCCCCCAAUAGGUAG